UAUUUCACAUCAAAAAACACAAUAGCUAAUAACCAUGGCUGCUACUAGUUGUUGUAGUAAUCUUCUUUUGAUCUCUUCUGUUUUAGUUGCUUCCUUCUUUUGUGUCUCAUCCGCAAAUGUUGAAGGGCCACCGCCUGAGACGACGGUUCCUCUCACCCAAGGCCUCUCAUGGCAAUUCUACGCACAAUCCUGUCCUGAUGUUGAGUUCAUUGUUAGAGCAGAACUCAUGAAGAUUUUCAGAGCUGACAUUGCCCAAGCUGCUGGCUUGCUUCGCCUUCAUUUUCAUGAUUGCUUUGUUCAGGGAUGUGAUGGUUCGGUGUUGUUGGAUGGGUCAGCGAGUGGACCGAGCGAGAAGAACGCACCUCCGAACCUGACCUUGCGAGCCAAGGCAUUCAAGAUCAUCAAUGACCUCCGAGCCCUGAUCCACAACAAGUGUGGAAGAGUCGUCUCUUGCUCUGAUAUUACCGCUCUUGCUGCGCGUGAUGCUGUUUUCAUGUCCGGUGGUCCAUUCUAUGCCGUGCCACUUGGAAGAAGAGAUGGCCUGAAUUUCGCCACGCUCCAAGUAACCUUAGCCAAUCUUCCACCACCGAGCAGUAGCGCCAGUGCCAUCGUUGGCCAGCUCGCCACCAACCAAAAGCUCAACCCCACCGAUGUCGUUGCCCUCUCAGGUGCCCACACUAUCGGCAUUGCCCAUUGCCCCUCGUUUGGUGACCGCCUUUACCCUAACCAAGACCCCUCCAUGGACCCAAACUUCGCCAACAAACUCAAGGCCGUGUGCCCGAAAAAAGACACGGACGCUUUCACCUUUCAAGAUAUCCUAACCCCGAACAUCUUCGACAACAAGUAUUAUGUCGAUCUCAUGAAUCGUCAGGGACUUUUUACGUCUGAUCAAGAUUUGUUCACGUUCAGUGGGACUAAAGAGAUUGUGAGGAGCUUCGCUAUCAACCAAUCGUUGUUUUUCGAGAAGUUUGUGAUCGCCAUGACAAAGAUGGGUCAGCUCAAUGUCUUGACUGGCAAUCAAGGAGAGAUUAGGGCAAAUUGUUCGGCUAGGAACCCUCAGAAGAAGGUUUUCUUGGCAUCUGUGGUUGAGAAUGGGGAAAUCAUGACAGACUUUUAAGGUGUUUUUGGCCUUUAAAAUAUGCAUACUACGUGUUUGUGAAAAAGAAAAAUAAAAAAAUAAAAUAAAUUACAUAUAUGUAUUUAUGUUGACUGUGUGUUUGUCUCUGGUCAUCACCGGCCGACGUUUGCAAACCUUUGUGUGUGUACUCUCUGUUUGGUCUCGAUCCAUAUUUUGUUGGUAUAGAAAUAAAAUUUUCGUUUUAGUGUA